CAGAUACAGAGAAGCCAAGUAAAACUAUAGAAGGCUCAUCCACUUCUUUAUUUUACUCUUUUUUCUCAAUCUUUUCUUCUUUCUCUUUUUGGUCCAUGACAGGAAAAAAAUAUUGGAAGAAGAUCAGGGGGCUUUCACUGACUGCCAAAACAGUAGGAGGGGGCUGAAGCCCCCCGGACCCCUUCGGAUCCGCCCCUGUAUAAAAGACUCUAGGCAUGGAGACCAGCGAGGUGUAACAACAGCUCGUGCAGGCAGAGAGAUUCAUCAGAUACGCACAGAAGAAGCAUAGCAGACGGCGACCAGCUUCUGCUGCACACAUACAACGAACGCCUCUCGUCCUGCCGCCCGCGCCCACGGUGUCGCCUCGCGCGCUUUGUCUUCUUUACGCAGGACACGAGGGGAAAAGGCCGCGGCCAGCCAGCGACGACUCGAGUCCUUGCGUGCGUCCCCCGUCCCUGCCCCUCGCCUUCCUUUCUUUCCUGAGCUCCUUCGUCUUCCUCCUCGCGUUUCAGCACCACAAGGUAGCCAUUGGAGAAAGCAUUAGGCGAUUGCAGUGCUAGCAUGGAGAUCAAGAGGUGGCUGGAUUUUGCUACGAUCCUUGGGCUCCUACAAACCCUCCUCUUCCAUUUGGCGACGUCGCAGUCGUUCAUCGGCGUCAACUACGGGACGAUCGCCGACAACCUCCCGCCGCCGGCGUCGACGGCCAGCCUCCUCAUGUCGACGUCCUUCGGCAAGCUCCGACUCUACGAGCCCCAGCCGGGCCUCGUCGCCGCGCUCGCGGGCUCCAACAUCUCCAUCCUCCUCGGCGUCCCCAACGGCGACGUCCCGAACCUCGCCUCCUCCCCGGCCGCCGCAGCGUCCUGGGCCGCCGCCAACAUCCCCACCACGGUGCCCGUCUCCGCCAUCUCCGUCGGCAACGAGCUGCUCAACUCCGGCGACCCCACCCUCGCGCCCCAGCUCCUCCCCGCCAUGCAGAACCUCCUCGCCGCGCUCCCCACCGGCUCAACCACCAAGAUCUCCACCGUGCACUCCAUGGCCGUGCUCGCGUCGUCGGACCCGCCGUCCUCCGGCGCGUUCCACACGGAGCUCGCCGGCAGCCUCGACCCGGUACUGGACUUCCUGCACCAGCACGGCGCGCCGUUCAUGAUCAACCCGUACCCGUACUUCGCGUACACCUCCGACACGCGGCCCGAGACGCUGGCGUUCUGCCUGUUCCAGCCCAACCCGGGCCGUGUCGACGCCGUGUCCGGGCUCACCUACAUGAACAUGUUCGACGCGCAGCUGGACGCCAUCCGCGCGGCGCUGGACGCCAAGGGUUACAGCGACGUGGAAAUCGUCAUCGCCGAGACCGGGUGGCCGUACAAGGGGGACGCCGACGAGGCCGGCGCCACGGUGGACAACGCCAAGGCGUACAACGGCAACCUCGUGGCUCACCUCAAGUCGCAGGUCGGCACGCCGCGGACGCCCGGCAAGUCGGUGGACACGUACAUCUUCGCGCUCUACGACGAGGACCUCAAGCCCGGGCCGGCGUCAGAGCGGUCGUUCGGGCUGUACCAGACUGACCUGACGGCGAACUACGACAUCGGCCUCGCGAAAGGUGGCAGCACGGCAGCCCCGACCAGUCUAACUCCAACUCCGGCACAGGGCACGCCGCAGCCGAGCAAAGGGGCCACGCCGACGGGGUUCUGUGUGACGACGGCAGGCGUGCCGGGCAGCACGCAAGGCCAACAGGCGCAGCAGAGCAGCUCGUGCUACCUCCAGGCCGGCGCCGUGUCGCGGCGAGCUGACGACGGCACUUGGCGCCUUGUUUGGUUUGGUGUUUUCCUGUGCCUGGCAAUGGUUGCCGGCAAGUAGUUACAGUGUCUGUAUGUCAUCGGCUAAACGAAACGAGCACAGGCUUUUGUGACCCACUCGCUACAGUUGUGCAUAUGAAUUCAGCACCAGAUAAGAUUUUGCAAAA